AGCCGCCAUAUUAGAAGCCAACCCCUCUUUCGUUCUGGUGAGAAAAGCCACUUGGAGGCUAGUUUUCGGAGCUGCUGGUUGUUUAUGUUGUUGAGCGUUUAACUAGAAAUCGUUAAACCUGCACUACUCGUAUCUUGUUUUGGUCUGGUUAGUGUCUUCCAUACGGGUCAUUUAGUCUUCUACAAUGGCUACCGCGGCUGCAACUCCGACCGGGCAGAGAAGCACGUGCGGCGGCGGCACUCCGCUGAGUCCGACCAGGAUCAGCAGACUGCAGGAGAAACAACAGCUCAGGGACCUCAACGACCGCCUGGCCGUUUACAUCGACAAAGUCCGUAGUUUGGAGUCUGAAAACAGCGUACUCCACCUUCAAAUUAACGAGAGGGAAGAUAUAAGGAGCCGGGAGGUGAGCGGGCUGAAAGCCCUGUACGAGACGGAGCUAGCCGACGCCAGAAAGUGUCUGGAUGAGUCGUCCAAGGAGCGGGCCUGGCUGCAGAUCGAGCUGGGGAAGAUCACAUCCGAGCAUGAGCAGCUUCUACAGAACUACAACAAGAAGGACUCUGAGGCAGCCAGCGCCCAGGCCAGGCUGAAGGACUUGGAGGCUCAGCUGAACUCUAAAGAGGCCCUGCUGGCUACAGCGCUGUCUGAGAACGGAGGCCUGGGGGCCACACUGGCCGACCUGCGAGAACAGCUGCAGGAGAUGGAUACAGGUCUCGCUCAGGCCAAGAAGCAACUUGGAGACGAGAUGCUGCAGCGCGUCGACUUGGAAAACCGCUGCCAGAGUAUGACAGAGGAAAUGAUCUUCCGCAAGAGCAUGCAAGAGGAGGAAGUAAAGGAGGCGCGGCAGCGCUACGAGGCGCGGCUGGUGGAGGUGGACUCUGGGCGGAAGGAGGAGUACGAAUAUAAACUGACCCAGGCCCUGACUGACAUGAGAGCUCAGAACGAAGAGCAGAUCAAGAUGUACAAGGACAACAUGGAGAGCACCUACGUGGCCAAACUGGACGACCUGCGUCGGCUGUCUGAGAUGAACGGAGCAUCAGCCAACAUGAGCCGAGAGGAGCUCCGAGAGUCCAGCCUGAGGAUCGAGAGCCUCACCGCCCAGAUGGCAGCCAUGCAGAAGGAGACUCGUGGUUGGCGCGACCGUAUCGUGGAGCUGGAGGACACCUUGGCUCAGGAGAAAGACCGGAGCCGCAAGCUGCUGGCAGACAAAGACCGCGAGGUCCGCGAGGUCCAGGCCAGGAUGCAGCAACAGCUAAAUGACUACGAACAGCUGCUGGAUGUCAAACUGGCACUGGACAUGGAGAUCAACGCCUACCGCAAACUCCUGGAGGGAGAGGAAGAGAGGUGGGGGAGGGGGAGGCGGGGGGGUGGGGCGGCCGGCGGCGCCCCGCCCCCGCCCCCCCCCCCCCCGCCCCCCCCCCGGCCCCCGCGCCCGCCCGGCUGCCUUGUUUUUUUUUCUCUCCACAACACUGGAGAGGAGGACCAGGCAAUGGUUGGUUAUGAGAUGAUUAAGACCAUUGGAAAUGCGACGGCUACCUACAAGUUCACACCCAAAUAUGUCCUGAAGGCUCGCCAGAAAGUCACGGUUUGGGCGUCUGAUGCUGGUGUGAGCUCCAAACCUCCCACAGACCUGCUGUGGAAGAACCAGUCGUCCUGGGGAUCAGGGCUGGACGUGCAUGUGGUGCUGACCAACCCUCAGGGAGAGGAGGUGGCAAAGAGAACCACAACAUACAACACGGCACUGGAAGAGCAGGAUGAGGAAGAUGAUAACGGAGUGGAGGCCAGUGAGGAAGCCCUCUUCAACCUGCAGGAGGACCGUGGCACGGCCAAGAGAGGCUGCUCCAUCAUGUGAUCCCUCUGCACCAACCAGCCGCUCCGCUGCCAACUCCAAUACUACAACUAUUUUUCUAUCUUUUGUAGUGUAUUUCCAUACAAAGAAUGGUUUACUUUCUCAUAAAAAUGCAAAGCUUGUUAGAUUUAUUUUCAUCUGAAAAAGCAUGGUGCUGAAACAAUUUGUAUUUUGUAGAUCAGAAACCUUUUUUAUUUUAUAAAAACAUGCAACAAGUAGCUAAACUCGGACCGACUGUGUCUUUUAAGAAUUGAGUAAUGUGCUGUGUCAUUUUAAAAUUAUAAUUUUGUUAUUUUCUUUUAUAUUUUAUCUUGUAAUUUUAUUGAUGCUAUAUUUUAAGCUACAAGAGGAGCCGCAGGAUUAGGUCAGGGGCUGGUUUAGAUCAGUUUUGCUCAAAAUCUACUGUAUUAUUUAAAAAAUAAAAAAAAAAUAUAUAUAUAAAUAAAAAAAAAAGACUGAAGAAAUAGGCACUGAAAGGACAAGUACACUAAAUAGAAGCUGGGCAGUGAGAGGAGUUGUGAAGGAGUGUGGACCUGGACAAGAUGUCAGAAUUACAUAAUAUGGAACCUCUGUUUAAUAGCAUUCUUUAGAAAAAAAGAAAUACUGUGAUUGUUUGAUUGUAUUCAUAAAGAAGUCAGAGGACAUUUGAAGUUUGUUAGCAGUUGUUGACUUCCUUUAAAGCCCCUGUGUGUAAGAUUUGAAACUGUGGCAUUAGCGACUCCUCGUGGUAGAAUGAAAGGAAAAAAAGAUGUGACCUGGGGACAACAAAUGGACUGAAAGUAGCUGGCACCAGUCUUCACAGGGGGGGGGGCGGCUCUAAUAUCAAAUCUGACCGUUUCUCUCCGCUGACUUUGAAUGAGCAUUGCACCACUAAUUGAGAAGUGUUGAUUGUAUUCUUAACUUUUGAUAUUUGAAGUGUUUGAAGUACUUUUUGUGUUAGUCUGUUAAUAUGCAUGCUGUGGCUGAAUCAUAGUUAAAUGAUUAAAUAUGUUUUCUUGUA